UUUCCAUAAGCUCUCUCUCCCUCUCUCUUUAUAUAACCCUAAACCCUUAAAAAUAAGCCCUCCACCCCCAUUUUUCUAGGGUUUCAUUCGUAGGGAAACAAAUCUGCUGCAGCGAAGCUCCGAGACGCACAACAAUGGCGAGAAUCAAGGUCCAUGAGCUGCGUCAGAAAUCGAAGGCCGAGCUGCUGAACCAGCUCAAGGAUCUCAAGGCGGAGCUUUCCCUUCUCCGGGUCGCCAAGGUCACAGGCGGUGCACCCAACAAGCUCUCGAAGAUAAAGGUGGUGAGGCUGUCGAUUGCGCAGGUGUUGACGGUUAUAUCGCAGAAGCAGAAGGAGGUUCUGAGGGAAGUUUACAAGAAGAAGAAGUACCUGCCUCUCGAUCUGCGUCCCAAGAAGACCAGGGCCAUUCGGAGAAGGCUUACCAAGCACCAGGCAUCAUUGAAGACUGAAAGGGAGAAAAAGAAAGAGAUGUAUUUUCCCAUGAGGAAGUAUGCUAUCAAGGUGUAGGGUGUAGGUCCUUUACUUAUAUAUAUAUCCAUUUUGUCGGCAAAUUUUGGUGGUUGUUUACUCUUAAAUCUUCAGUUGGAGGACUUGAUCUUAUGUUCUUGUUUGAUGUUUGUAAACUUUGGCGUUGGCUCAAACCUAAAGUGAGAUGCUAGGUUUUUAGGUUUCUGAGUUGAUCAGUUGAAGUACGAAUUUCUAUUCUUAUUUGUCGAUGGCCUUAAUAGUGAUUUUGAUGCUUUUUUCA